AUGCUCGCCAAAACCAAUUCUAUACCCGGCACCAGGGGACAUGGUCGGAACCUCCCCUUGAUGCCGCUCCUUCUCCUCGUCGUCCUGCUCCUAUCAACCCUACCCCACCAGAUAAGUGCCGCCCCAGCCCCAGUGAACAGUCUGGAGAACCGCCACAACAACCCCGCGGAAGAAGCCCAAGGGCAAGGUCAGAGUCAAAGCCAGUCUCAGGGCCAGGUGCAGGGUCAGGUCCUAGUCAGGGUCAAGGCCAAGGUCAGGGACAAGGACAGGGUCAAGGCCAAGGCCAAGCUCAGGGCCAAGGACAGGGCCAGGGACAAGCACAAGGUCAGGGUCAGGGACAAGGUCAAGGCCAAGGACCAUAUGCAGGAUUGGACCAAGGUCAGAUUUCCGGGCAGGAUCAAGCUCAGGGACAAGGCCAAGCUCAGGGACAAGGCCAAGCUCAGGGACAAGGUCAAGCUCAGGGACAAGGUCAAACUCAGGGACAAGGUCAAGGCCAGGGACAAGGUCAAGGUCAGGGACAAGGUCAAGGUCAGGGACAAGGUCAAGGUCAGGGACAAGGUCAAGUUCAGGGACAGGGUCAGGGUCAGGGUCAAUACCCAUCCCAAGGCCAGGGACAGGGCCAGGGCCAGCUUCAGGGUCAAGGACAAGGGCAGGGGCAAGGUCAAUACCCAACGCAAAGCCAAGGUCAGGGACAAGGUCAGCUGCAAGGUCAAGGCCCCUACACAAGCCCCAACACAAACCCCGACACAAGGACAGGGCCAGGGUCAAGGGCAAUCCCAAGGUUCUGGUGACAACUCUGGCGAUGAGUCCGAUGACGACUCCAGCGAUGACGACAACGACUCCAGUGACUCCGACGACUCGGGUGGUUCCGAUAACAACGGCUCCAACGGCUCUGGCAACGGCAACGGCAGCGGUAGUGGCAGCGGUAGUGGCAGCGGCAGCGGCAAAGGAAGCGGCUGGACACUAUCCCUUUACCACGACACCAAAUGCGCCGGACAACCGAUGUUCUUCAGCGGAACAAGCAACCUCUCUUGCUCAAGCUCAACGGGCGGAUUCUCCGAAGCAGCGUUCAUUGGCAAGCUGAAUGGGUGCAAAGUUGUGUUCUUCGAGGCGGAAGGAUGUAAGGAUGAAGCGAAGAUUGGGAGUUCCGAUGGAUCGUCGUCUUGCGCUGUCCCUAAAAAGGAGGAUGAGGAUGAUGAUGAAGGUGACGAAGAUGGUGGGGAUGAUGAUGAUGACGACAAGAAGGAGGAGGAGGAGGAUAAGGGUGAUGACAAGAAGGAGGAGGAGGAGGAUAAGGGUGAUGACAAGAAGGAGGAGGAGGAGGAUAAGGGUGAUGACAAGAAGGAGGAGGACGAGGAUAAGGGUGAUGACAAGGAGGAGGAGGAGGAUAAAGAUGAGGGCGAUGAGGAGAAAGACGAGGGCGGCGAUGACGACUCGGAAGCACAGAAGCCCGCAGCUGGAGGCGACAAGGAAAAGGAAGAAGACGAAAAGGAACAAGAUGAGGAAGAGGAUGACGAUAAAGACGAGGACACGGGUGAUGAUGAAGACGAUCCUAAGAAAAAGCUUGGAGGUCACUUUGAAAGGAGGCAGAACGGAAACCAGACACAGGUUGAUGAUGAUGAUGAUGAUGACACCGACGAAGACGACGAAGACGACGACAAUGACGAUGAUGAUAGUGGUGAUGAUGACGAUAAUGGGGACGACGGGGACGACGACGACGACGACGGUAACGACACGAAGAAGAUGAAAAAGAGAGGAGGCUCUAGUUCUGGGGAAAAGGAGCAGGGCGAUGAUGGCGGCGACGACAAGAAUGGGAACAAGGUCGCCAUCAAGUCCUUCAAGAUCAUCUGUGACUAG